GGAAUGAGCAGCCAUGGGUGAAAUGAAAGCUCGAACCGGCGAACCGAUUGGGCAAACAGAUUGGUUGAUUGGCAACGAACAGUAUGAAAUUUUCAGGUACGGUUGUGGAAAAAUUGAGAGAAUAGAAGAGAAGACAGCCAUUGUAGGAGGAAAGCGGAUCGGAGAGCUGACAGAAUAAUCCAUUCUAAAACCCCAACAUCGAAGUCAAGCAUAGGCUUUACGCUCCAAUUUCUCUCUCAGUUUUGCUUAGUUUACGCUCAUGGAAGCAUCUUUUCAAGCUUGGACUUUCGUUGUUUGACAUUACCGGAAUAUUUCCAACUUGCAUGAUCGUAUCGUUUAUUCUUCAGAUUUAGUUGCAAUGGACGCGUUGAUUGAGCUCUGCGACUUGAUUGCGCAGAGUCCAGCUUUGUUCUCUGAAAAGCUCUCGUGGAUUUGUAGUCGAUGUCCUCCAUCUGAGGCCAUUCUUGCUGGAUCUCCUGCCAUUUCGCGUUCUCAGCUCAAUGCUGUGCUUGCUGUUGCUCGACUUCUCUCUAAAUGUCCUGACUCGGUCGGUCUGCGCCCCAAAUCUGUUGUUCUUGAGUUUCUUCGUUCAAUUCCUCUGUCAUUCAGCUUAUCUUUCUGGCCGCAGUCGUAUGGAAAUGAUGCUAUCGCUUCGUUUUUUAAUGAAUUCUUGAAUUACACGUCGAAAGCCUGCGAACUAUCGACAGAUUUUGCCACAGAGGUUUCGGGAUUCUCGAGUGAGGUUGUAUUGUCUGCUAUUAAUGAUUGCAGCGAAGGUUCAGCAAUUUCUAGAGCUUUUCUUGUGGCUCUGUCGAAAAGUUUUCUUCCAAUUAUCCCUUCCGAUGCAGAUAAAUUGGUUAGUUGCAUUCUUGAUCGUUUUUUGAUUUCAGAAGCUGCCCCUGGAACGCCAAGAGAACAUAAUCAGGCGAAUUCUGAGCCAUCAUCGUCUCAGAGUUCGCCACUGAGUGUCAGCCAUCAGCCGUCGAAUGGAGGUUUAAGCCCUGGAAACGAGAACGGGCAAGUGUCAGGUUCCUUAAGUAGUGGUGCUUCACGUAUCACAGACGACGCCACUAGUGCGUCAUCAAGAGGGUCAGGGAUGAUGAACGGAAACAGCAUUCUUUGGAGGAGUGGUUUAGAACAAUUCAGUGAAGGUGGGGGCGUAGCUUUUGUUAGGCAACAAGUUGCCUUGUUCGAGGACGAGUCUAUCGAGAAUUUGGAGAAGCAGGAGAUUGCCUUCAAAUUGAUGACCCACAUUUUAGAUAACUCUUCUUUUGAUGGAAGGCUCUGGGAACAGAUGAGAGCGUUAGCAAAGAAGCAGCUCCAGACAUUGCCAACUUUUCUAAAGAUUAAAAAGCGGGACUGGAGCGAACAAGGCUCAGUUUUAAAAGCAAGAAUUAAUACUAAACUCUUGGUUUAUCAAGCUGCUGCGAGGUUAAAAAUGAAGACUGUUGCUUCUCUUGAUUUUGAUGGGAAGCCGGCUAAGAAGUUAAUAUUUGAAACUUUUGCAUUAUUAAUGGAUGCUGCUGAUGCCUGUUUACUCUCUGUGUGGAGAAAGUUGAGAAUCUGUGAAGAACUCUUUGGUUCCUUGCUUACUGGACUAGCACAGAUUGCUGUUGCUCGUGGAGGUCAGCCCUUACGAGUGUUGCUCAUCCGCCUUAAGCCUCUGGUUUUAACAGUGUGUGUGCAAGCUGAUACUUGGGGCACCAACCAGGGGGCAAUGUUUGAAAGUGUCCUGACAACAUGUUGUGAGAUAAUUGAAUCUUGCUGGACUAAAGAUCGAGCUCCUGUUGAUACAUUCAUUAUGGGAUUGGCCACAAGCAUUCGUGAUCGAAAUGAUUCUGAGGAGCAGGAUGAUAAAGAGAAACAGGGAGUUCCUAUGCAACUCAAUGUUAUUCGUUUGUUAGCUAAGAUGACUGUUGCUGUUAACAAAUCUGAAAUCGUGGACAUGAUCUUACCCCUUUUCAUUGAGAGUUUAGAAGAGGGUGAUGCGUCAACUCCAGGAUUAUUGCGACUCCAACUUCUUGAUGCUGUAUCCCGCAUGGCAACCCUGGGUUUUGAGAAGUCUUAUAGGGAGACAAUAGUUCUGAUGACAAGAAGUUACUUAAGCAAACUUUCUAGCAUAGGGUCAUCUGAAAGCAGAACAGUGGCUCCAGAAGCAACUACAGAACGUGUUGAGAUACUUCCUGCAGGAUUUCUUCAUAUUGCUAAUGGUCUUAAGAGUGCUAAACUACGACUGGAGUAUCGUCAUCGGUUACUCUCUCUAUGCUCAGAUGUUGGCCUGGCUGCUGAGUCGAAAAGUGGCAGAAGUGGAGCAGAUUUUCUGGGACCUCUACUGCCUGCAGUUGCUGAAAUAUGUUCUGAUUUUGACCCCACAAUGAAUAUCGAGCCAUCCCUUUUGAAGUUAUUUAGAAACUUAUGGUUCUAUAUUGCGCUUUUUGGCUUGGCUCCUCCCAUUCAAAAAUCCCACCUUCAGACAAAAUCAGUUUCCACUAUGUUAAACAGUGUGGGAAGCACUGCAAUUGCUCUGCAAGCUGUGAGUGGACCAUACCUGUGGAAUACGCAAUGGUCAUCUGCUGUUCAAUUGAUUGCUCGAGGGACUCCUCCACUUGUUGUAAGUUCAGUUAAGUGGCUUGAGGACGAGUUAGAACUCAAUGCUCUCCACAAUCCAGGUAGUCGGCGAGGGAGUGGCAAUGAGAAAGCUGCUUUAGCCCAAAGAGCUGCUCUUUCUGCUGCUUUAGGAGGCCGAGUUGAUGUUGCUGCAAUGAGCACAAUUUCAGGUGUUAAGGCUACAUAUCUCCUUGCAGUAUCUUUUCUAGAGAUUAUACGUUUCAGUAGCAAUGGUGGCAUACUUAAUGGUGGUUCAAAUGUAAAUGCUUCUAGAAGUGCCUUCUGUUGUGUUUUUGAGUAUCUUAAAACUCCAAAUCUUUUGCCUGCUGUCUCCCAAUGUUUGACAGCCAUAGUACACAGGGCAUUUGAAACUGCAGUUUUGUGGCUGGAAGAUCGGAUAUCUGACACUGGUAAUGAAGCUGAGGUCAGAGAUUCAACUCUAUUUGCUCAUACCUGUUAUCUUAUAAAGAGUAUGUCUCAAAGAGAUGAACAUGUUCGAGAUAUUGCUGUUAACUUGCUGACACAGCUCAGAGAUAAGUUUCCCCAGGUUAUGUGGAAUUCGUCUUGUUUGGAUUCCUUGCUCUUUUCCAUGCAUAAUGAUGCGCCUUCAACUGUUGUUACUGAUCCUGCUUGGGUUGUAACAGUUCGUUCUUUGUACCAAAGGGUAGUUCGAGAGUGGAUCGUUAAAUCACUGUCAUAUGCUCCUUGCACUUGCCAAGGUCUCCUACAGGAAAAACUAUGCAAAGCGAAUACAUGGCAAAGAGCCCAGCACACACCUGAUGUGAUUUCUCUUUUAUCUGAGAUACGGAUUGGCACUAGCAAAAAUGAACAUUGGACUGGCAUACAAACAGCAAACAUUCCUGCUGUCAUUACUGCUGCAGCUGCAGCUUCAGGGGCCGACUUAAAACUGACAGAAGCCUUUAAUUUGGAGGUGCUCAGUACUGGUAUGGUCAGUGCAACAGUUAAAUGCAACCAUGCUGGAGAAAUUGCUGGUAUGAGAAGGUUGUAUAACAGCAUUGGUGGAUUUCAGACUGGCGUUGCUGGUCUUGGUUUUGGUCAGGGCCUUCAAAGGCUGAUCACUGGAGCACUUCCCCAACAACCGCAGAAUGAGGAUGAUUCAUUUAAUGGGAUUUUGAUUAUGAAAUUUGUGCAGUCACUUCAACAAUUUGUUAGUGGAGCAGAAAAAGGCUGUGGCCUCGACAAGUUGAAAUUUCGAGAAACUUGUUCUCAGGCAACUGCCUUGCUUCUAUCAAACUUGGCUUCUGAAUCAAAAACAAACAUUGAGGGAUUUGCACAACUUAUUCGCCUUCUUUGUUGGUGUCCAGCAUACAUUUCCACUCCUGAUGCAAUUGAAACUGGUGUGUUUAUUUGGACUUGGUUGGUGUCUGCAGCACCUGAACUUGGGUCGUUUGUCCUUGCUGAGCUUGUUGAUGCAUGGUUAUGGACAAUUGAUACCAAGCGGGGUCUCUUUGCAUCGGACGUCAAGUAUUCAGGACCUGCUGCCAUGUUAAGGCCUCACUUAUCUCCGGGGGAACCAGAAAUGCAGCCUGAGAUUGAUCCUGUUGAACAAAUAAUUGCUCAUAGAAUAUGGCUUGGAUUCUUUAUCGACCGCUUUGAGGUAGUUCGACACAACAGUGUUGAACAACUCUUGCUCUUUGGUCGUUUGCUACAAGGGUCCACUAAGCCGCCAUGGAACUUUUCUCGUCAUCCUGCAGCAACUGGUUCCUUUUUUACUUUGAUGCUUCUAGGGCUUAAGUUUUGUUCAUGCCAAGCUCAGGGCAACCUACAGAAUUUUAAAACUGGACUGGAGCUGCUGGAGGACCGAAUAUAUAGAGCAUCCCUAGGAUGGUUUGCACAUGAGCCAGAGUGGUAUGACGUAAAGCAUGUGAACUUUGCCCAAAGCGAGGCUCAGUCUGUAUCCAUAUUUCUUCAUUACCUUUCAAGUGAGCGUGGAAAUAGUCUGCAUUCUGAUGCAAAAAUGCGUGGGCGUGAAAAUGGCAUUUCUUUGAUUGACUUGAAUGAUCAUUAUCACCCUGUCUGGGGCCAUUUGGAAAAUUAUGCUGUGGGAAGAGAAAAAAGAAGGCAACUACUUUUGAUGUUAUGCCAGCAUGAGGCUGAUAGACUUGAAGUCUGGGCACAGCCAAAUAUUAAGGAGAGUACACCUUCUCGACCCAAGCUAACUGCUGAAAAAUGGAUUGAACAUGCUCGGACUGCCUUCUCUGUGGAUCCACGAAUCGCCUUUUCUAUGGUUUCAAGGUUUCCAACAAAUGCAUUCCUUAGAGUUGAAAUGAAUCAACUAGUACAGUUGCACAUAUUGGAUAUUCGCUCCAUUCCUGAAGCUUUGCCUUAUUUUGUCACGCCAAAAGCUGUUGAUGAAAAUUCUGAACUUCUGCGACAGUUGCCACAUUGGGCUGCUUGUUCAAUUACACAAGCUCUUGAGUUCCUCACUCCUGCUUACAAGGGGCAUCCACGUGUUAUGGCAUAUGUUCUUAGGGUAUUGGAAUCUUAUCCUCCUGAAAAGGUUACAUUUUUCAUGCCGCAGCUGGUGCAAGCUUUGCGAUAUGAUGAAGGGAGGUUGGUUGAAGGAUAUUUACUCAGAGCAGCAAAGAGAAGUGAUAUAUUUGCUCAUAUUCUGAUCUGGCACCUGCAGGGUGAGACUUCUUUACCAGACUCUGGGAAAGAUGUUAACUCUGGGAAGAAUGGUUCAUUUCUAGCCUUAUUGCCAGUUGUAAGGCAGCAUAUUAUUGAUGGUUUCACUCCCAAGGCUCUUGACUUAUUUAAAAGAGAGUUUGAUUUCUUUGACAAAGUUACAUCUAUAUCUGGUGUUCUCUUUCCACUUCCCAAGGAUGAACGUCGAGCUGGCAUCAGGAGUGAGUUGGAGAAAAUCGAAAUGGAGGGUGAAGACCUAUAUCUACCAACUGCCACAAACAAGCUUGUCCGUGGGAUUCAAGUAGACAGUGGAAUACCCUUGCAGUCGGCUGCAAAAGUUCCUAUCAUGGUUACAUUCAACGUGGUUGAUCGGGAUGGGGACCCAAAUAACAUAAAACCACAAGCUUGCAUUUUCAAGGUUGGAGAUGACUGCCGACAAGAUGUUCUUGCUCUGCAAGUGAUAUCACUUCUUAGGGACAUCUUUCAAGCCGUUGGGCUUAAUCUCUAUUUGUUUCCAUAUGGUGUCCUUCCUACUGGCCCCGGCAGAGGCAUAAUUGAGGUUGUUCCUAAUACAAGAAGCAGAAGUCAGAUGGGUGAAACCACUGAUGGGGGAUUGUAUGAGAUCUUUCAACAGGACUAUGGGCCGGUGGGCUCUCCAAGUUUUGAAGCAGCCCGUGAGAACUUUAUAGUUAGUAGUGCAGGUUAUGCCGUCGCCAGCCUGUUACUUCAACCAAAGGACAGACACAAUGGCAAUCUUCUAUUCGACAACGUCGGGAGGCUCGUCCAUAUUGAUUUUGGUUUCAUACUGGAGACAUCACCGGGAGGAAAUAUGCGCUUUGAGAGUGCUCACUUCAAGCUAAGCCAUGAGAUGACACAACUUCUUGACCCCUCUGGGGUGAUGAAGAGUGAGACCUGGAACUUGUUUGUAAGCCUGUGUGUAAAGGGGUACCUCACUGCUCGCCGCCAUAUGGAUGGGAUAAUCAACACCGUAUUACUAAUGCUAGAUAGUGGAUUACCAUGCUUCAGUCGUGGUGAUCCAAUUGGAAAUCUUCGAAAGAGAUUUCAUCCUGAAAUGAACGACCGUGAAGCAGCAAAUUUCAUGAUCCGAGUCUGUACUGAUGCAUAUAACAAAUGGACAACUGCAGGCUAUGAUUUGAUACAAUACUUGCAGCAAGGCAUUGAGAAGUAAGGUUUCUUUUUUCUUUUUAAAAAAAAAAUGUAUAGUUUCUACUUCCUCCUAUUUUAUUAAUUAUUGAGUGAUUUUUCCUGACUGUAUAAACGGCUAAAUUAUAAAUUAAAUGGAUGCGGUUUCAAUUGUGUUGAGUAAUGAUUUUGUAUAUUCUUCAUAUUGUUCGUUGAAUUGAACGUUGAAUGAAUUAUAUCUAUAGAAGGCCUUCUCUGUUUGACUCUA